UGUGUCUUUGCAUCUUUCUAAAGAUACAGCUCACGUGCGCGAGCACUCUCUCUCUUUCUUUCUCACGACAUACCCACCCACCGUCUGCCCACCCUCAGGUGAGAAAGCAAGAAUGUAAAGCAUCUCUCUCUCAUUUCUGUUUGCGUUUCCAACCUUUAACUUCGUUUUCUAAUUAAACAAACAAAGAUUUAUUCAGAUGACAUUUACAUCAGCUCAGGGAAUUAUAUAACGUCUUCGUUGCAAACUUAAUUGACUUUCUCUAGUGCUAUACGGGGAAGUUUAUUUUUUGUUUUUGGCGUCGAGCAAGAUUUCGCGUAAAUCGCAGCGCGAGGCGCGCCCGGAGCUGUCUAGAUUGGGUGUCAGAGCUCGGGUGAUCGCCACGGGCGUGCUGGGUGUUGUCAUGGUGCUGGUGCUGGUCAUUCUCAUCCCGGUGCUGGUCAGCGCGGCAGGAUCCGACCCGCGCUUGGAGAUGCUCGGCGCGUGCCGCAUGGUGUGCGAUCCGCACGGAACGAAAUCUCCAUCAUCAGCACCGACAGACAACCGCUUGGUUCAGUCCCCACCAACUUUCAUUCGCGGUCCGAAAGGAGAGCCAGGUCGCUCAGGACGGAUCGGUACAAGAGGCCAGCCGGGUCCACCGGGUCCACCCGGACCUCCAGGUCCCCCCGGGGUCAUAGGAGAACCGGGGCCACCAGGAUUACCUGGUCCGCACGGAGUCACCGGUGUCAUAAGCGCAGCGACGUACAGCACUGUUCCCAAAAUUGCAUUCUACGCGGGACUCAAGAAGCAACACGAGGGUUACGAGGUGCUGAAGUUUGAUGAUGUGGUCACUAACUUGGGCAAUCACUAUGACCCCUCGAGCGGCAAAUUCACCUGCUCCAUCCCGGGGAUCUACUUUUUCGUGUAUCACGUAUUAAUGAGAGGUGGUGACGGGACCAGCAUGUGGGCUGAUCUGUGCAAAAAUAACCAGGUGCGUGCAAGUGCAAUAGCGCAGGAUGCGGAUCAGAACUAUGACUACGCCAGCAACAGUGUGAUUUUACACCUGGAGCCUGGAGAUGAGAUCUACAUUAAACUGGAUGGAGGCAAAGCGCAUGGAGGAAACAACAACAAAUACAGCACAUUUUCAGGCUUCAUGGUCUAUGCUGAUUAACCCCUGUGGCAUAGACUGCACUUUCAGAUGUACCUCAUUUUGAAGAAGUCACAACGUAAUGAGACUGAGGUCACAAGAUGUUUGACCAUCAAGCGUGUGAUAACUCAAGAACAACCGAAUGUCUUACUGAAUUACUGAACGAUCAUACCUCUCAAAGCAUGUGAACACAUACUCUACACACAAAUUAGUUUUUAGAAAAAUCACUGUGAUUUAGAAAAACAUAAAAUAAAAUCUUACAGUGUAACACUGAUGAUUGUAGUAUAUUUAUUGAGAGAUUAACUGGUGUGAAAGCAGAAAAUCAUUUUACAUCAUUCCAUUCCAUAUGUGCCUACCUUUACGCUGACACAUGGCUGACCAGAAGAGAUUGUUACAGAGCACCCGCCAUUAGCCCGGAAAUAUAGUUCAGCAUAGUAUAACAAUUGCUCAUUCUUCAUACACAAAAUGUCACAUUCUAGCCACAACUCUGUACCGUUUUACAUAAAUGUCUUCAUUUAAAAAUAUUAUCACUGCCUGGUAUGUGCAGUGUCAUCAAAAGAUUGUGAAUAAAAUAUAUUGUAUGAUUUGCA